GUCGCGGCGUCCGCACGCACUCUCGGUUAAAUCCCAGCUCGCCGGGGCGCGGCAACGCCUGCCGAAGCAUCCCCGAGGAUCGACCAACGAACGUGUGCGUUUUUCACCCCGCGCGUCCUCCGAUAAACAGACCGGAAAUCGGCGCGAAGAUGACGAGGGAGAAGCCGUCGGAUCGGUAGCCCAAACGUCGAUCUGUAUAUUCCCCCCCGCCAUCCCAGAAGAAGACGAGGAUCCUGGCUGAUGUUUUUAUCUUUAUUCGCGUAUCUCCGAGAGUGCGGAUUCUGUACAAUAAGUGUGGCCGAGGAAGAUAUUGUCGACGAUUUUACUUGGAGAAAUGAGAUAUUAGGAAAGUGUAACGACGGUGCCUCGUCGCUGCAAUUUGAAAUUGCACUAUAAGAAGUUUUUAGAGAUUUUAUCCGGGUGUUGUUAUACUGAGAAAAAAAAGAAUUCCUGAAUAUGCAUCACGUUCGAUCACUCCGCGUGCUUUAUCCGCGAAAUCAUAGUGGAUAUCUAAAAACAGCUGUUUGAGAGUUUCAUCUCUUCAAGUUCACAUGCGCAAGGACGCAAGAUUCGACCGAAUGAAUACAAUCGAUGGAUGCACCUUCUCUGGAGAUGUAUACGUCAAGCAUAACACACAACCAAAUAGAUCUAGGAAGAAAAAAAUGAGCAAAACGCUUAGUGGGACGGAGAAGAGACAGAAGAGAUAGUGCUGAGGCUCCGCUCUUUAAAUUACAUGGUAUAGAUGCGCCGCAAUUGUUAUCGUUGGAAAGAAUUACGGUGGCACAAGUCAUUACGGAUUCCAGCCGCCCGAUGGAACUCGAACAGGCCUGAUUAUUUGCGCGAUCAGUCCUUUUUUUAUUAUAUACAUAUCGGCGAAAAAGAUGGUUCACAGGCUAGCGAUCAACAGGUAGAUACGAGGACCUAAAACCCAAGAAGUUCGAUCGAACGGCAUGUUGAGCGAACGCAAAUUAAUUCGAACAAUAAACACGAGCCGACCGCGGCGGCAUCUCGGAAGUGCCAGCUUUGCUGUCGCCCGUGCAAAAGUUAUCGCUUAACAUAAUACGUGCCGAAUCGAGAAAUAAAAACAAAUCGUGGCGAUUAAACCGAAACGCCCCUUAAAUGCAGUGUAGCGAUAUAUUGUUAUAUAUGCCGGCAGAAUGGCGCUCCGCAGUCAACGUUCCAGAAGUCUUCCAGGUCCGCGCGUGCACGCGGGGGCCGCUAGAUUAAACGCGAAGAGCAUCAGCGAGGGGCUUAGAUCGCAUAGUUUCAACAAUCGCGCUCAUAAUUUCAUAAUCUGCCAUAAUCUCUCGUAAUCGUCCCUACGAUAUAUUCAUGGACCACACGAACAUAUCGUCACUUCGUAGAAGAAACGUGAGUCUAAUGACCGUUGAGAGAAGAGGGGAAACAACGAAAAAAGAGAGAGACACCUUUCGCCAAUCCUCAGCUCAUUUUAGAUAGACAAUCAUUGGGAGAAAAGCAUUCGCUUUUUCGAUGCGAAAAUAGACAUGUUUGCGCAUUUUGAGUUCUGGUGUGCGUGCUACACACUACGGGCUAACUCCUAUAUAAAACAUUGCGCUAUUAACGUUCGAUGUAUUUGUCGCGCUUUUUAAUGCGAAUUACAGUGUUCAUGAGCUUUCGCAAUGAGUAAUCGUGUCUACGUGGAACGAUAUGAGAACGAUAUACAUAAGGAAAUAAAAAGAGACUCUUGAUCUUUGCAAAGAGUGAUGGAAAAUAGAAGGACCAAGACUGCUCAAUUUAAUUCUAUCUCUUAGGCUGCCGUUCUUCGUGAGAAAAAAAAAAUUUCAGCGCAGUAACGGCAAAGACAUAGGCAUAACGAUAUAAUUAAUAAUAUAUUUCUUUUGUAUUGGAACAAACGAGAGAAAUACGGAGACCUGCAAAUUUAAAUCCGCGAGUUCCAAUUUAGGCUAGUUAGCGAGACAGAUGUCUAGACCGAAAGUGCUAUCGGUGUCCUGUUAUCGCUGCCGUAGAAACAAACGCACUGGACAUAAUGUUACUGAUUGUGCAAUUCUACCUUACACAUACGAAAGUGCUUGAUGCAUGCAACCGCUCUGUUAUGCGUGAACACCAUUCUCUCGAGGAGGCACUGUUUCGCGGCGGCAAAAAAGCUGUUGACGAUGAGUGUGAAUCUACCACGGCAUUAAUUAAAACUCAAAUACAAAAAGGAGGUUUGCGACUACGAAGAUGGCUAAUCGCGCUAUUAGUUUUUCUACUAACGUCGCUUCUCAUUAUCAACAGCUACAAUACCGGUCAAUUUCGGAUCAUCCGAUUCGGAGCAAUGGCUAAACCGACUGCUCAAGAUGUAAUAUCGCAGGAAUAUGUCUCGACAGCGUCAAACGUAUACAUGCCAACAGGCAAUGGUGGCUUUCUAGUUCGCAACAAAGGAUGUCGAUUACCAGCGAUGGAUCCCUUCGAUCCUGCUGUUCGACGUUUCAUAACAAAAGACGUGUUCGAAUGCGAAUAUGGAAGUUUUCCACCAUUGAUUGAAUCGAACAAUACCGCGCUAUUCAUUAACCCAGUUGCGUGGAACGAAUUCCACAACAGUCCGGGCGGGCCGUUAAGUUGCUGCUGGCGACCAUUUUGGCGAACAAAAGAUAAUGACAAUGCUGUUACGUUUGACACGAAUUGCUAUCCUUUCCAAGAUUCCUGCACUAUAAAUGCCGAAUUCGUAAAGGUUGAAUGUUACCAAAACAACGAAGUGGUAUACAAGGAUUACUACGCUUUCCUACCGCGUAAGCCUGAGGUAGAGGAAAGAUGCAGGCAGGCGCUGAGAGUGGACACGAUCGCCGACGAUCGUCUCAGCGUUCUCGUCGUCGGGCUCGACUCGGUCUCCAGAAUGAACUUCCACAGGAUGAUGCCGAAGACCGUGAGGUCGCUUCAAUCCCUCGGUGCCGCGGAGAUGUUGGGCUACACCAAGGUCGCCGAUAACACAUACCCGAACCUCGUCCCGGUACUGAGCGGCCUGAAUCAGGACGAAUUCCGGGACGCGUGCUGGCAGACGCCCAACAAAACUUUCGACGAAUGCCCGCUCUUGUGGAAGGAAUUCAGCGCCGCUGGUUACCGCACAGUGUUCGGCGAGGACGCCUACAGCAUGACCACGUUCAAUUAUCUGAAACCGGGAUUCCGCGAGCCACCGACGGAUUAUUACUUGAGACCGUACUGCAUCGCCGCCGAGAGCGACGUCGGCAACACCCACAAGCUGAACGCCAAUCUGUGCAUCGGCACCAGGAAGACCUUCGAUUGCAUGCUGGAUUACACUCGCAAAACGGCGAUCGAAUUCUCCUCGGAGCUCUACUUCGCCUUCAUCUGGCAGGCGAGUCUCACCCACGAUUACUUCACGUAUCCUCAGCUGGGCGACGACUCCUACCACGAGUUCAUCGAGUACGCGUCGCGCGAUGGUCUGCUGAAUCGCACGGCGUUGAUCGUGAUGAGCGACCACGGUAUGCGAUGGGGUGACUUCCGGCAAACGUAUCAGGGAAAGAUCGAGGACAGUCUGCCCUUCGUCUUCAUCGUGCUGCCGAGAUGGUGGCGCGAGAAGUUCCCUCUGGCCUGGGGCAAUCUUCGAAGAAACAGCCACAGCCUCACGACGCCCUUCGACCUUCACGAGACGAUGGUGGAUCUGCUGAACCCGUACCGUCUGCGCGAGUCGUAUCUCAAGAGGCGCAUCAAGGUCCAGGCCGCGUCUCUCGUCCCGGCGCGUGGCAUCAGUUGGUUCCUGCCGGUGCCAGACAUUCGCACCUGCGACAUGGCGCACAUCGCGGAUCACUGGUGCAUGUGUCACACCAGCAACACGGUCUCGUGGAACGACACCGGUCUGCAGGACAGCGUGUCGUUCCUCGUCAAAAAGCUGAACGACAUGUUGAAUAGGUAUCCCAUGUGCGCGACUUUGAGCUUGAAGAUGAUCAAGGACGCGAAGGUCUGGCUGGAUAAGACGGACGGCGCGAUGCUGACGGAUUACACGGUGGUCAUACAGACCACGCCGGGUGACGCGAUCUUCGAGGGUACGGUACGCUACAAAGCGGACGACAAUAGCCGCAAGUUGGCCGGGUCGGUCAGCAGGCUGAACGCCUACGGCACCCAGAGUGCCUGCGUUGACGAGUUCAACAUGCGUCUGUAUUGUUACUGUCUUUAGGCCAGAGAUGUGCGAAUCAAGGAUUUUUUUCAUGUCGAAUCGAAUCGUUGAAAUAUAAUUUUUAAUUAACAAUAUAAAAUAUAAGUAUUAUUAGAUUGAAUUUUAACACGUAGAUAAU